AUUUUAUUUUAAGGAAGAAGCAUCUCAUUGUCAUGGCGUAAGGAUUGGACCCACAAUUCCGAUCUAGCCGAGCUGUAUUGACUUUUUUUAUCGUCAUAUGUCAGAAAUCUUUGUCUUUAAAUCAUUGCUGCUCGGUGCCCAUUUCCAUCAGAGUAGCACUAGAAGAAAGAAAGAGAACGGGGGAGGAGAGCAAGAAAGAAGAAGAAUGGCCGCCGGUGAGGAGGAGGUGCUGGUGGUAGAGUCGUGCUUUGUAACCCCGGCCGUAGACACGCCUAGAAAAGCGCUCUGGCUCUCGCCACUCGACAUCAUGCUGGCCAGCAGAGGCUACACCCCUCUCGUCCACUUCUACCGUCCUUGUGUCGACGAAACCAGUGCCCAAGACUUCUUUGACGUGACUAAGUUGAAGACUGCGCUGGGCAAGGCUCUUGUGGCCUUCUACCCCAUGGCCGGCCGGCUCAGGGUGGGCGCCCAUGGCAGGUUGGAGAUCGACUGCAACGGUAAGGGCAUGCUUUUUCUUAUGGCCUACUCUCGUCUCACCAUCAAUGAUUUCCGCGACUUGAAGCCAUCAUCAAAGCUAAGGAGGUUGUUUGUUCCCCGCAUGGACGACUCAUCGGACAUCCUGUGCGCCACCCAGGUGACAUUCUUCAAGUGUGGUGGAGUGGCCUUAGGGACGGCAACGCACCAAGGCGCUAUGGAUGGCACUGCCGCGUUUCACUUCUUCCAGACAUGGUCAGCCUUCUCCAGGGAUGGCGACCGGGAUGUGGUGAAGUUCCCCUACCUUGACCGCACACUCUUAUGUGCGCGCGACCCACCCAUUAUUCAUCCGGACACCCUCUCCCUAUUCCGCCUCAAGACAACGAACUUGUCCCAGCCGCCGGCGCCGGGGCCUGUAGUCGUCAACGAGGUUUUCACCCUUCGCAAGGAUCAAAUUUCCGCUCUUAAGCACAUGUGUGGUGGCGGCCGCGUGAGCACCUUCAGCGCCGUGAGUGCAUACAUGUGGCGGUGCAUGUGCUUAGCCCGGCGGCUGCCUCCAGACUCCACGACGCGCCUCGAGUUCCCGGUCAACUUCCGACGCAGCAUUGCGCCACCGCUCCCGGACGUCUACUUCGGCAACGCGAUGUUGCAAGUAAGUGUCGCCGACAAAACGUGGGACGUCGUCUCGGGCAAUCUAGCCUACGUCGCGCACCGGAUCAGAGACACCCUCGGCCGGGUGAACGACGAGCUGGUGCGUUCGGCGGUCGACUACCUCGAGCUCGACCUGGCAGAGAGGGACAACCGCCCGGCUAUCGGCGUUCUGCCAGCGACGGACCUGUGUGUGGUCAGCUGGCUCGGCAUGCCCUUGUACGAUGUGGAUUUCGGCUGGGGAAAGCCGUUGGCUAUGUUGCGUGCCGAGCAAAACCGCGGAGGUUUCGUGCUCAUGAUGAACGGCGCGCAGGGGGAUGGCAGCGUGCGCCUGUCCAUGUCCAUAGAGGCUGCAAUUCUCAAGGACUUCCAGCGUUUCUUCUAUACAAAGCUGGAUAGCAAGGUGUAUUCCAAGUUCUAGCCGGCUGUAUAUACCUCCAUGGUUUCUGUCGAAUGAUUUUCUUCCACUAGAUCUAGAACUAAUUAUCUGUAUGUCUCAGACGGUAUCGAAGAUAUGCUCAAUUGUGCUUAGCUAAGGGAGAUAAACUAGUACGAUGGCCUGCACAUUUGCACGGCUAGCUAGAUUGAUUAUAUAUGCUUGUUCUGACAUUUGUGUAGAUGCAACUAGCUAAGCGAUAUUUAAUAUGACUACAUUGACAUUGGUAUGUCAUUGCAAAUAUAUAAACCUAGCAGUAUGACACGUGCAUUUGUGUGGCCAGAUUAGUUAUGUGUUAUUUGAUUUGUGUGAUUUUGUAUUUAUAUAUUUAUUAUUAUAUAGGUUCUGAACCAUUGGCAAAUCACUAGAUGCAUAAUAUUUGAAAUUAUAAAAAAGCUUGUAACCAUAAUACACCAUGCAAAAAUAUACUUGGCUUUACUUUUGAGAACCAUAAUACACCAUGCAAUAUAUCUUUCCACUUUGGGCAAAAACCUUCAAUCAUGUAAUAAAGAUAACUCGCCACCACAUGCUUGUGAAUCAUGUAAAAACACACCACAUUUGUUGUUCUUGUUCCACGUCUUCUAUUAUUACCGCGCCUUCUCAAUUAACCAUUGUGAUUUGUGAACUUAACCUACCUAUUUGUAGCUUCUUAGUUACCAAUAUUAUCUCAUUGUCCAUAUGAUGAUUUCUCCCACUACUUGUGGAAUUACUCUCGACGCCACAAAUCCGACAUCUCUACUACUCUCUAUCGCUUCUUCACCAACAUUCUCAUUCCAUUUCAUGUUCCCAUCAAGUGCAUGCAAUGUGAAAAAAGAGUGAAUCCCUCACCACUUCCCCCGGCGUGUUGUUUUCUCGCCAUGGUGCGUCUGUUCGCCUCUAUUGUCCCUACGCUUCACCUCAAAA